AUGCCACAAUCGUUAACUCGAAAGAACGACCUUAUAAUCUGGCUGCACAUGUCUGAUACUCAGCAGAAAAUAUACAAGGACUUCCUCGGUCUUGAACGAGUGAAAGAGGUAUGCUUUUAAACAAUACCAGCACAUUUCCUUUAAAUAUAACUGAUAUUCUUCAAGCGGGAUUUGACACAGCAAGUCAGACUAUAUUUCCUUUCGAGUGAGCGAUUUAACCCUUUUAAACUCCAAGUUGUUAGUCAAUUCAAAUGUCCGGUGUGCGUUUUUUUGCCGGUAAAACGCUCCAAUCACAUCAGUCUCUAACCCUUGACGAUCACUUAAGGCUGGCUGUCACUAGCGACGGUCACUAACGACAACCGGCCUUAACUGACAGCCGACGGAGUCGGAGUCGUAAACGGAGUCGUUAGAGCACUUAUGACCUAAUGGUGUAAAUCGAAAAUCAAAGUUGUAAACGGAGUCAUACGAUUAAAUCGGAGUCGAAAGAAUCAGAACGUUUCCAUUUUCUUCCGACUGCGUUUAUAACCCAUUUGAUUACGAUCUAGUGAGUCGGUAUCCUGUGUACAGCCGCUCCCUCCCUUUGUUGUAGGGGAGGGGGCCUGUACACAGGUUAGGAGUUGGAAGGAGAAGGGGAAAGGUGGAUCAAUACCAAUUGCCGGUCCCCCGCGUUUGGAUUGGUUUUGUUUUUCCUCCACUGCUCCGGCUCCCACCAAAUCCUUUUUAUUUCCUCCCCCCCCCCCCUCCGAAAACAGGUUUUAGCAAUGAUUGUCGUGGUAGUGUGUGUGUGGUGAGGGGAGGGGGGUCCGCCCCGUUUGACAGUUGAGAUAGCCCCCUCACACUAAUUUUUCCUCCGUUCUUUUUUCACUCUCUCAGUUGUUGAUGAGCACCCGUUCACCAUUAGCUGAAUUGAAUGUUUUAAAGAAGAUUUGUGAUCACCCCCGCCUGCUUUCCACUCUUGCCUGUGAGCAGCUGGGAUUGGAUGAAGAGGACAGGUUUGUUACGGCAUUUCAGCCGCUGAAUCGAAAUCCAUCAAUGAAAAAUGAUCAAACUUUUUUUUUAAACCUGUGCGAAACAACUACAGGAACGUAGCUAGAAAUAUUCCAGACGUACGCGCAGUUUUCCAAAUCAGCCAUACACCGUUUCCCAAAUCGUAUUCACUCUGGUGAUUUUGUUUUGAAACAUUAUCUGAAAACAAUGAAAGCGGAGUUACAUUCGCCACUGUAGAAAUGAGGAAGCUGGGCCGAGUUAACGUUCACAAAGACUUCUGGGACUGUUGCUUAGGACAGGGAAAAAAAUUAGCCAAUAGCUGAGCGGCGCGUCCCCAGUAACGUUCCCAGAAACAAUUGCGGGGCGAGUUUCUGCUCCAGUUCCCUUCUUGUUUCUAAAGUGGCGAACGAAUAGGCAGUUACAGUCAGGUCCCUUUAUAGCGGACACCGUACGUACCUCGAGUUAGUAUCCUCAUUAGCGAGAGUCCGUAAUUGCGGGAAUUUAUUUCAGUCAAACGUCUGUAGAUGAUUUUUGCCUGGGAUAUAGCUACUGUCCGUAUUAUCGGGGUGUCCGUUAUAGCGAGGUGUCCGCAAGGAGAGAGUUGACUGUACACCGUUUUUCACCUUUCCCUUAUUUACCGUUAUGUUCCUUUGCCCCUACUUCGACAUUUUGAUAGGUACGCACAUGCGUACUGGCAUACAGACAGACACUUCCCUUAAAUAGCAUCAUUUAACAGUUCUACCAAAGAGGUUUCGUUUGAAUGGUACUUUAAGAAUCAAAAGCUAAAACAUAACUUCGUAGGUGACUGUACGGUUAAAGAGGUCAGAAGUCGCUAGCUCCUAACUCCUAUGAACCGUCUAAGGACCGUCCGAACAAAUGUGUUUGCUAUGUAUAAGAGGGACAAGGGACGGGGUGAGACCCGGAAAUGAAUUCGGGCUGCCACGCAAACUCUAGUCCUCAAUCCCUAGACGUGUGAAAUGUAAGCAAAUGUCGUAAUACCAUUAAGGUUCACGUCAGUGCCCCAAACUCUGCCUGAUCAUUGCUCUUACUCCUAAAAGAAAAGCGUUAAGUUAGUUUGUUUAAUGUUAGUUGAUUCACCGGACAACGAGAAACAAAAUCUAAAGAAAGAAAUCUUUGUCUCCUUCUGCUUUGCAAGUGUUCUUAGAGUAUUUCGUUUUUUUUUUGGUUCAUUUAGGCUCGUUGAACUGGACUCAGCUGCUGACCAAGAUGCACCAUCAUUUGCCACCCAGCCAAAAGGCUUGGGUCCUUCUGACAGGGUUCUCACACAGGAAUCAGGGAAAAUGGUCUUCCUGGUUUCCCUGUUGAAUAAUCUCAAGUCUGAAGGCCACAGGUGUCUGGUGUUCAGUCAGUCGCGAAAGAUGUUGGACAUUAUUCAGCGAGUUAUCACUCAUGGGGUAUGAACGUUAUCCUCUUUGACACCACAGUAAAAUACUACUGCGUACACUUUGUUUAUGAAUAAUCACUCUUCCACACUUCUUUGGCACCUCUAUAGACUGGGAAGUUUAUUUAGAAGAAGAACUUAGAACCACCAUGGAUGGCAUAAUGACCCUCCCAACGUAAAAUGAUAGUUGCUUUUUUGAGAUUUCCUGACAGGAAGUAAUGGUCAGCAGCUUCCAUUUGCGCGUUGUAGGAUUCCACAUACCCGGAGCCACACACGGACUUCAAGCGCGUACCAGGCGCUAACGGCAGGGGAGGUUUGAGAGGGCGAAAACGCAAGAGGGAAAAAGCGACAGAAGCAGUACCUCGCGUUUUCCAUCCUCUUCCGCUCUCCCUCUCGCUCUCCCUAAUCCUAUUAUAUAGACUAAGAGAGCGAGAAAAGCACAAAAACAAGAAAAGUCCUUUUUAGUUGCUUUUACUUGAAGUUAAUGCUUAGGUGUUCACCCACAGCCUCGAACCGUAGUACCAUGAGAGACAGCAGCAACUGACUAGCAUCUCUUGCGUGAAGUUUUCGAUAAAUUUUCCGGCUCACAGAGCUCUUUUAAAACAGACACCAAUUUCCUGCCAUUCUUCAUCAGUUAUUUCAAGCUAGCAGGCUCUCUGUCAGGCGGACACCCCUCUUCACCCUGAAGGGAUACUCAACAAACCUUUAUACUGGAAGACUCCGCCCCGAGGUCCAACCUCUUCCCCUUUCAUGUACCAUGAAAAGGUACCCCAUUUCGUAUACCUUCCAUUGAAAAUCUAUACCCCUUUAACAUACCUACUUAUAAUAAUAAAAGUUCUUUUGUCAUUUUCGUGUACCAUUUUAAUAAAUUAAAAUGUUAUAGCUAUUAGGCGUAUCUUUUCUUAGCGUUUUAAAUAAAAGACCUUUUUGAAUACUUUAAUGAUUUAUUUUGCUACCCUUUCAUAUACUUCAACAUGUGAAUUCCCUACCGUUUGAUAUAUCUGAAGCCUGAAAAAGAUACCCCUUUCAGACAGAGCCUCCCCGUGUUAGACGUUAUUGGUGUACCCCCGGGCUCUACGCCCACUUAGGUCGGGUCCUAACAGUGCCCGCCUUAGGGUCUGUUUACAUGGAGGUGGGGGACCCCAGAUAGGUGAGGUAACAUGUGGCGUGUCACCCUACCUGUCAAGAGAGAUUAUAUGGACGGGCGGGUUACCCCACCUAAGCGGGUUACCUCACCUACCUGGGGUCCCCUACCUCCAUGUAAACAGGCCCUUAGACUGAGUUGUCCGGAACAGUUAACAUAUGUCUUAGAACAACGAAUUAUUUUUCUUGUUAGGGUCACAAAGUUCUUCGUAUCGACGGGACAGUUUCAAAGACUGCAGAGCGUCAGCAUUUGAUCAACACAUUUCAAACUGACCCAUCUUACUCUUGUUUCCUUCUCACCACGCAGGUUUGUAUCCCACACACACACACUCACACACAAAAGCAAUAUAAAUUUAUAUUUUAUCAAUGCCACUGGGUUCGUACAGGUCAUGGCAUUUAAGAAUUUCAUUUUGAAGGCCUGGAAAAUCUGACGGAAUUUAAUUGUCGGUCCUUAAAGGUCAUGGAAAAUUAAAGUUUUGUUUGGUAGAUUAAUUACUGCAGAUGACAAAGCAAGGUGCGAACGGCACGUAUUUUGGUGGUGUUGAACUGUUUAAGGUCAAAAAAUACGCUAAAACAAGUAAAGUGUUGGAAGUUUUCGAAAAUGACAGCUAAACUUAAGGUCAUGGAAAACUAGAAAGGUCAUAUUGGGGACAAGGGAGCAGGAAUAGGAAUUAAGGAGAGAGAAAAAGUAAGGGCGUUUCUUCUCCGGCUGUUUUGCCCAAUUCGUUGACUGUAAAUGCAACUUAUUUCUCGUCCUCGUUUCAUUUUAUAUCUGAUUUCCUUGUCCGUAAGUAAUAACACCAAGAGUGUUGUUGACUACGAGGCAAGAGUAAAACAGUAGCCAAAACAGAACCGGCAAAUAGCGAAUACGGGUAGACCAUUACCUUAAAUUCUCGAUUUUGUCUCUCCCGCACGCAAACCUCGGGUUAUGGAGACUAGCUUAUUUAUUUAUUUAUUUAUAUAUUUUUGUUUUCAGGUGGGAGGUGUAGGCAUCACACUGACGUCGGCUGAUCGCGUGGUGAUCUGUAAGUCCGAUUUUUCCGUAUCAUGACCAACAUUGCUAUCAACCAAUCAGUUUUCGAAGCAAGGGCAACAAAAGCACAGCCUCAGCACGCUCAAGAAAACGUGACACUCUCGUCAAAUUCGGGAAGUUACGAGCACUAGGGCAUGUUACGUUUCCUUUCAGCUGCUUUGUUGAUUGCAAGAAUACAGCUUGUUGUUCAGGUUUCUAAGAGCGUAAGGAGCAGUUUCAUAGCUUGAAGAGAAAUACGUACGGCGCUUAUGCCACUAUGAUCGUUGCAGUUAAGCUUGAGGUUUUUUCUCUGAGUGUUCGCUUAAGAAAUUCACCCUACCACCCGCAGUUGGUGAUUGUUCGUAACGCUUUUGGACGAAAAGUAGAACACUGAGUGUUUAUUUGGGACGGUGAUGAAAAAUCCUUAUUUCUUUACGCAGUUGAUCCCAGCUGGAAUCCGGCUACAGACGCACAAGCGGUGGAUAGGUGAGAUUCUAGGAAGUCGGGUAGAUAAAGGUGGAUUUCCACUGUCGCGUAAUUUUUACGUGCAUACCGGCGUAAAUGAAAUAGAGUCUAUGUAUGGAAGGUGGUGCAUAAACGUAACAGUUGGACCUCGGUCAACUUUUACAUAACGCGCGACCUUUUUUAUUUCGCCUCUACUUUACUGACGCACGUAAAUGUCACGCGCAUGCGCAGGUAGAAAUUACGCGACAGUGGUAAUCCACCUUAAGUCGCGUUCACACCACAUAAGCGAUCAGGUCUGGGUGUGCUGUAAGUGGUACAAACCGUAUAAAGCGCUGCAUACCACUUUUUCAAACGAUAUAUCUAGAUUAGUUCGUGUUUUCAAUGAAAAAAAAAACAGGAGCCUUUGUAUCAAAGGGUAUAUGUCAUCAUUUCCCAUCAUAAAUUUAUGACCAUUUGCCAAUGAAACACCCCUAUAUAAAAGAGGAAAGACGUGUCAACUUCCAAGGCCAUCGCAAUGAGUAAACACUUCUUCAACCCUAGCAACAGUAGUGAGCCCGUAGUAAUGAACUGUAACAUGCGAUGCUUGUCAUGUUAACCCUUUAAGCCCCAAUGGUGACCCACAUCCAAUUUCUCUCAACAAUAACAUUGCCUGAUCAACAGACAGGUCAUGAGAAUUAAUGAAAUGAUCACCAAAGAUGAAAUGUUGUGAUGUUAGAACAAAUUCUCUCAAGCAGUACCAUAAAGAAUAUAUGAAGAACAGUGUGGAGAAGAUGCAUGUUGAUGUUGGGGCUUAAAGGGUUAAAACACUUUCUACUUCGUCCAGCAAUUUCUGUCAUAGCUAACCACUCGAGCUGGUUUUUUAAACAGAGUAUACCGCAUCGGACAAAAGAAGACUGUGGUGAUUUACCGGCUCAUUACAUGCGGCACUUUGGAGGAGAAGAUCUACAGAAAGCAGAUUUUUAAAGACGCGCUCAUGAAGCAAACCACCGGUGUUUCCAAGAAUCCUUUCAGGUAAAGGUGAUGUUACACGAUACGAUUCGCAACGACGAUUUAAGCGCAACACAGCGUUGCAAUGUUGGAACAAUGUUGCAACGCUGUGUUGCGCUAAAAAUCGUCGUUGCGAAUCGUAUCGUGUAACAUCACCUUAACAUUACUGUACACACUUUAGGGUCAUAUUCACUAAUACUGGCCAGGUCCGCGAGCGCGCAAGAUAAAGCAAAUAUUGCGUUCUCAUUGGCCAUCCCGGCGAGCGAGCAAACCCGCUUUUUUUGCCACACAUGAAAUUAUCUUUUAACCAAUCUUGGGUGAUCAAGAUGACAGAAGGUUGCCUUCGUUGAUUUUGCCACGAAGCCAAUAUUCCGCCUUCUUGAACUCACUCGUGAGUGUAGAUUUAUGCGUGACACUUAACGAUAAGUAAGUUUAUGUUGUAAAUAAAAACGUCACUUAAUAGUAAGAGCUGUAUUGGCGUUUUAAUAGGUUGUAUACUGUGAAAGGUUUGAACUCAGGAGUCAUUUCCUAAGUAGGUAGGGUAUGAUGGUCCUGGUGAAUGUUGUCGUGAAUAGGACUGUUGUUGACAGUAAGUAACGUUUCGACAACCUGUGCGGUAGUCAUCUUCAGAGUCAAAAUGAGUUGUGUCACGGCAGGUGAUGGUAAUAAACUCUUGUUAUUGACCUGAUUGGUCAAUUAAGUCGCGAUGUUAUUGGUCGUCUGUCGGUUAAGCCGUGAUGUCAUGGGCUGUAAGGACUCGAAAUGUCAUUGGUGUGUUUCGAUCCGUCUAUUGUCACAGUUUAUACAUGUAUACUAUAUACUAAAUGUACUAAAAGCAGUUAUUCUAACGGUGUUUUUUUUGUGUGUAACUUUCAGGUAUUUUACAAAUCAGGAACUUCGAGACCUUUUUACGUUGGACGAUCCGUACACAUCUACAACGCAAAUGCAGCUGGAACAAAUGCAUGCGCAUCACAGGAAAACUGAUGCAGAGCUGGACAAGCAUAUUGAAUUCAUACACACGCUGAGUAAGUUCUAAUGUGACCGUCUGUCAGUGAUAACGCCAUGCCAACUCAGCUCAAUUAUAUCUUAUUAUAUGGCUGAACCCGCGAGCGGGCAAGAUAAAAAGAAUCUAGCGUUCUGAUUGGCUACCCGAGCAGGCAAGAUGAACAGAAUCCAGCAUUUUGAUUGGCUACCCGAGCUGGCAAGAUAAAAAGAAUCCUGCGCUCUGAUAAUAUCCAACCAUCUUGACCUCGCACUUGGUCAAUAACGCAUAUAUAACGCGCAACACGGGAGGCUUACAUUCUUUUUGUUGGUGAAGCGGGUAAAGCUGCGGUAAAACAGGCAACAAAAACGUACAACUUGUUCUGUUAGAUUGCUCCAAAGCGAGUCGAAUAGCGACGUUGCGUGUUUGAUUACCUACGAAUCUUGCAACAAAUCAGUUUGUUACAGGUUGCGGAAAAGGGUUGCAGAAAGUAGAGAGAAGUUCUAUUUUGUUGCAACGAAAUCAGUAUAUGUUGCGCGUUUUACCAGCCCAACGCAAACUUGUUUUGCAAUAAGUGACGUAAUUUACUUGUAUGGCUCGACUCCCGCUUAAUUUUACCCAAUUAGAAGUCAGUAUUCACGCAACUUGCAACAAGCUCAUUUGUUGCUGCUUGCAAAACAGGUUUGAACGUUGCUGGUAAAACGUGCAACAUCGCUUUUCAAGUCGUUUGGUAGCAAUGCUGCAAAACAUGUCGGACGUUUUUGUUGCCCGAUUUACCUAGCUUAAUAAGAAAUUUGUUACUGGAUAGGACGACAGUCAGUCACAGGGUUACCCCUUGUUUUUGGUUUGCAACCACGUGAUGAGGCGGCCAUGUUGGUUUUCCUUUUCGAAGAAUUUACAUAAAAAUGGAUUUUAUUUCCCAGAGAGAGAAAUGCUUUGUCCUUGACCACCAACAUGGCGCCCGUGACGUCCCCUGCAAACCAGCAAUAAGACCUAGAGCCUCAGUGUGAUUCCGCUAUUUAAGUUUGCGCGGGAGACUGGGUCUGUGUUGUUCUGAAUUGCACCAUAGGACUGUUUAAGGACACUAUCGCUUCUUUCAUUGGCUAAUCAGUACAAAGUUGCACAGGAAACUGGGUUUAAAUUCGUCUCUUAAAACAGUCCCAUAGUGCAAUUCAACGCAACAAGAACCCAGUCUCCCAAGCAAGCUUAAAAUGGCCUAUUAGAUAUGAGCAGAAACUCAUAAGGGGUUGAUUCGACCCCUUAUGAGUUUCUGAUAUGAGACUUAAAACUCUUUUUCCCUUUUUACUUGUAGAUAUAUUCGGCAUAAGUGACCACGACCUAAUGUACUCCCAGGAAGAAGUAGACACAACAGACGAGUUAAGCACUGGUGCCGAUGAUGAUGCUGUACAAGCCAGAGUAAGUGAAUGACUGUUGUCUUUUGAUCCAAUGCUGUAGAUACUAUGGCUGUGGGGGGAGGGGAAGGGUUACUGUAAGGAAUUACUUGUGGGGGUGUACUGCCUGGCUCUCCAAAUAUUGUCCCUAUUUCAGGCCAAAUCAUGCCAUGUUAUGUGAAUGGCCCCGGCCAGUUGCCUUAGAACGUAACGAGUGAAGUUGAAAUACUGAAAGAGUUUGACUGGCGUUUGAGGUUACGUCUUAAGUAUAUCUUAAGUUAAAUGUCCCACUUACAGACUCUUUUGUUGCUUAAAAAUUACGAUGUUAAUUUUGCUUACGUCGUGUGUGUGAACUAGGCCUUAACAAAUUUCCGCUUUUUUCUUAAAAAGCGAUGUUACACGGGACGAUUUAGCGUUGCAACAUUGUUACCACAUUGUUUCAACUUUGUUGCCCAAAACUCGUCUCGUGUAACAUCACCUUAGUAAUGAUAAGCUUCCACCUUCCCUCUUCCUGCCUUGUCGCAAUCUCCGUAGAUCAUAUUUUCCAGAUUCAAGAUUUCGAGCCGUUUAUCCAACCCCAGGAUAAUUUAUUUCAAUCACAUGUCCUCGACUUAUAACAAACAGUAGAGGGUAUCUCAAUCUGAUCACCCUUUUGGUUUGUUUUAUUUUAUUGCACAGGUUCUUCGUGCCCAGAAUUUAAUGGCAGCUGAAGCGAGGCUUUCAGGACAAAUCCGGUCUGGUAACUCACAUCCCGCUUCCGGUAUUCCCCCAGGGGACAUGGCUUUACCCCAGGGGUUGCGCCAUUCACCAUCUGCUAAUGAAGAUAAUAUGAGCGCAAGGCAGAAGAUUCAAGCAAAAAUCGACAGUGAAAGAUUCAUUGUUCCCAAACAACAAGACACCAAGCGAUUUCAACCAAGACAAGUGCUUAAGGUUAGAAUUGGGCAUUUUAUGAACUAAUACACGUAGACAUCGGCCAAAGCACGCUAUAUGGCCCUCCUCUCUUAGGAUCUUUAGGUUUUCAACAGCCCCAUCCUUCUCUUGUACGUUUUAUUAUCCAGCAGAGCUAACGUUUCAGCAGAGACACACUUCAGUUUGCGAAUCUGAAUUAUUUUCAGCUUUACGAUUAUAUACAGCAAAUGAAUGCAAAAUAUAUUGCUAUUUUUUUACAGCUAUGGCUCGUUAUACGUCUGUUCUACACCCUCCUUCCCCCAACCUCCUGCCCCCCAGAAAAAAAAAGUGUUAGUAGUUAACAGUACCUUCCUUUUUUACUAAGGAUCUAAUGGUUUAAUAAAGCCUUUUCACUCACGUGGCCAGCAUCUAUGCAAAUUUAUUGAACAAAAGAAAGCGUUUGCAUAAGAAGAGUUUAACUCCUUCAGGAUUUGUUUAGGAAACCAACAUGGCCAUUUCAUUGUUUUGGGACACCAAGAUGGCCGCCGUGACGUCAUGUGAAAACAAUCUAUACUCCGCUAUGAAAAUUCGUGUUUAUGUCUAUGGGAGGGGUACAAGCGGCACUGAAUUGGACUGUUUGAUUUACUCUUUAGACUACAGCGAAUCCUAUUGUUUCCAACCCCGCAGUGGUAGACUUGUGUUCACCAAGUCCUGUGAAAAACUCCACCCAUCCGUCCCCUGUGGAAAAUGACCAGGGCGUGGAUACAGACAAGGAGGAGGAACUAGAGAAGACGCCUUUGUUUGGACAAAAGCACAUUUCCUUGGACUUGUGCACUCCAGAUCGUAAGCAGUUCUCCCCUCACAAGUCCCCUGUGGAAGAUAAUCACCUACCAUCACUCACAGAUAUCAUAGCACGAGAACAGACACCUCAGAGGGGAGAUGUUGUGCGAGGUCCUUCACACCAGUCUCCCAAUGACAUAAGCCAUUUGUUACUUAAAGAUCUUUUAGAUCCAGAGGAACAGACCCAGGGGGAGGGUCUGGAGGAGGAGUUUAAUUCCCUUCGUAUUGAAAACGACAGCAUGACCUCGAUGAAGGACAAUUCGUCGAGGAGUGAAAGUUAUCUUUCUGACACUUCACUCGGAAAACAAACGUGAGUGAUAAGCAUUUUGUUUCUGUUGGGAAGGGUUAUAGUCUGUCAACUUCCGUUCUUGCAGACAUCCCCAGGUUGUUUUUUUAGAAAGCAGCUUAAGACUAAGUGCGAGGGAAUUUUCUGAAACUGUUUUCUUUGUUAUAAAGGAAUUCCCCGGGCUUUAUUUGUUUCCCAUACUCGUUAACCCGCUGCCAGUUGUACAGUUAGCCUUGAUUAACGAAUGUAAACUGUAAACGGAACGCAGCGUAUUUACAUAUAUGUUUGUACACUUUUAGAGUUUCCAACACUGCAAUCACUGUUAUAACUUCCCCAGAACUAAAAUUGCUGGCGACCUUGCUACGAUUCUUUUUUUCAGGAAGUGAAUGACUCACUAUUGGAACAAGCUGUCUUUUAUUUUUCGUGCUCUUUUUCUUUCUUUUCCAGACUUGAAGAGUCUAGUCAGUUGUCAGAUGAUAGUACUUCAAAUGCUCAGCCCGAAGCAGAUCUAUGUCCCACAGGCGAACAUGUUUCUGAGAACAUCAAGAUACAGAGGUGCGCUUGUCUAGUCAGCAGUAAAGAGCAAGAAACAUAUGACGCCUACAUUAACGAUGGAAGGUUUGUUUCAUUGACAUUUUCCUUCAAAUGUACGUGAGAUAUAUAAUAGAGAUUUAGAAUCGCGUUUACGACAAACGUUAAACAUUGGAUUAAACAAACUAAUUUCUCAAAAGUAACUUUUAUGGAUGAACCUGACAUGAAACUAUCAUUUUUGUGUACAUUUAUAGACUACGAGUAGUCCCCAUUUUUCCUCAGGGAUAGUAGAGCGAGGGAAACGCGAGCGCGCGUGAAAAUCACUCCACGCGAGAAAGGCGAGACGGGUGAUUUUCACGCGCGCUCGCGUUUCGCUCGCUCUAUUAUCUCUGAGGAAAAAUGGGGACUACUCGUAAUCCAGUACAUUUAAGGAACGGUGAGCUAUAAAUUAAGGGAAAACUUGGUGACUUGAUACAAUUUGAUAAUUGCCUUUCCCCGUAAAUGUCUGUGUUCGCGGUCUGUGUGGCUUGUAUUGAGGAGAGGCAUCUUGUCUUUUAUUUAGAAAGUGGUCCUAUAACCAGUCAGAUGGUUAUAGUUUGCCCGCAAAUGUAUUACUUUAUUUUAUAUAAGAAACUUAAGGGGGAGCGUGUGCUUGAGUGAAGAGUGUGACAACUUUGCAUAUCCCCUCCUUCCCCCACUUCUUGCUUUCUUUUACUCAUAAAAUACUCUGGUCAUGACACAUUUUAUUUUGCAGCGGACUUGAGCAUGAAGGAAAGAAGAAGGAAGCCCUUUCACACUAUUUGAAUGCCUUGGAGUUACAAAACAGCGAUCUAAAGUUGCACUUGAAGGUUUUGGAGCUUGCGCAAGGGUUCAGUAAUACGAAUCACUAAACUCCACGAAAUUCUUUUUCUCUCUUAGUUGAUAUUAUAUUAAUUAAUGUAUCAAUGAAUAAUAGCAAAUGAUUAAUAAGUAAAAGGCUCUGUGAGCUCUACGAUAGAGUUCAGAUUCAGAGAAACUACGCACUCACCUCUCCCCUAAUCCAACAGUUUGUCUUAAGUGACAAGUUAGUGUUUAUGUUGGAUUUGGGGGAGGGGUAGGUGGAUAACUUCGAAGAAUCUAAUACUGAUUCAAUUUUUUCCCUUAGUUUACAUCAUUUAUAUAAAUCAAAUAUUGAUACAUAAUGACAAAUGGUUACAAAGAGGAUAUUUUCACGCAGGGUGCAGCCUAUGUUUCGGUUAUGUUGACAGUUUUCCUUCCAGUUUACCGGGAUCCAAGACCUCAACCGUGUUCUCAAGUGAAUGGUCGUCAAGCACAACGGUUUCCUUGGUAACGAGGCGUGACUACGUCAAUCAUCGGUC